ACCGUCGACCGAUUUUGUCGUAGCCAGAGUUGAAAGUUUUUAAUUUAUUCGGAAAACUAUUUUAUCUUUUGCGGCACAACAGACGCAAUUUUUCACGGACGACUCGACGAAUGUGAGACGGUGCCAGAGAACCGACGAAGACCGUAAAAAGUUUUAAUAGGAGUGUACCCCUGAGACUGGAUUAUAAUUAAAAUUUUAAUGGACACCGUGGAGGAAGAAAACAGUCCCCCUCCAUCACCAGAACCAUUUAACCAACUCUUCUUGAACCCACCACAAAUAACUGUCAACAACGAUGCAAUGCAACCAAAAUAUGAUUCUGAUCAUGAAAGCGCCGUUUCAUCACGGCGACCUUCGGCCAUCAUAGCUGCACUCCGAAGACCUUCGCAAGCUAUAGCCUUAUCAGCUGCUCAAGCUGUGAUGAAUCAAAGAAGAUACUUCCUUGGUUUAUUUCAGAAUCAAAGCGAGAGAUCUAUUAUGGGGAAGGAGGAGGCUGAUCAAAAGGAUGAAAAACUAAGAAGAUAUAACAGAAAACUUGGAGACGAUUCCCUAACGAUCAUAGUAUCAGCUUUGUACGCAAAGCUGCUCGUCGUCCUGGGUAUGGCGUUCCCCAUCACUGAAAUAAUAUCGCAGGAAGUUCAGCCGUUUUUCUAUCAAGGUUUUUACUUGUACCUGUAUCUGGGCAGCAUUGCUUUCGUCGUCUACAUGUACACAACUUUUAUCAAGGAAAAGGCUGUGGUACAAAUUAUUAAUUCAUAUCAUAAAGAUGACAAAAUGGAUGUUAUUCAGAAAAACAAGCCUCAACCUGUUCGAUAUGGCAGUUUUUAUUUAAGACUCGGAGCAAUUGCUUUCGGAAUCGGAAGUAUGGUCUAUUCUGGAUUGGAGUUCGGACGGUAUUUCGAGUUGAAGAACAACGUCAAAUGCCAUUCCAAUGUCCUCCAGGCAAUUACUCCAGCAACCAGAAUGGUUCUUACGCUUGUUCAGGUGCAAUUCAUAUUUCUUAAUAGCAAGGAUAUAGAACUGAACAGACACAAAAUAAUUGCAAGAUUCGGACUGAUGCAUAUGAUAGCCACAAAUUUGUGCGAAUGGCUUUAUGUCCUCGUCGAGGAAACCAAACACGAAAUAAUUCAUUUACAAAGACACAAUUCAAACUCAUCCGUCGAUCUGAAAUAUUGUCAAGAAGGUGAAGUUAUGGGCUCUCUCGUCACCAAUGCCAGUCCCUUCCUUUUCCCUUGCACAAUCGAGUACAGUUUAAUCUGUGCUGUGAUUCUAUUCGAAAUGUGGAAAAAAGUAAAAACGGUCAGAAAGAGAAGUAACGAUAAGAAAAAGGACCAAGGGAAAAACGCAGCGGGUACACAUAAGGAUGAAAAAUUCACGCAAUUCUUUAAUUUCAAUGCUUUGGGAGGCAGUCCUGUAAAUUCUAAUCACCAUUUCACAGUGGACUGCUCAAACGCUCAUAGAGGAUUAUUUGCUGGCAUAAUGGUCAUUGUUCUUACAAUUAUUUCUCUUAUAAUGUUUUUUGUUCUGGCAAAUCAAGAAAAGGACGAUAGUAAAAUGAAAAUGGCCGAAUUAGAAGUUACAAUAGUAGAAUUAAUCCUGUACAUUAUUACAAUCCUUGCUGUGUUAAUAGCUAUGUUACAAAUGAGGGCAUUGAAAUACGACAGGAAAGUUGGAGCUGAGGGUCAAGCUGGGAUUGGUCUGGACAACACCCUUUUAGUAGUGGCACAAACGGGCAUGUUCAUUUAUUGUAUGUUUUCUAUUAUUGGAUGUUACUUUACUAUGGCAAAUGGUUCUGCUACUGGAUUAGUUGCUGAAAUUUUUUCGUUUAUACAGACAUGUCUCCAGACAAUGUUCGUACUAGAUGGUUGGUGGAGACGUUGCAGAAAUCUUGAGCAAACCAAACGUAAACCUGGAAGAGAAUUAAUUACAUUUUUAAUUGUGGCCAAUAUGGCAAUGUGGACCAUAAAUACAUUGGAGAAAAAUAGGGCGGAAUUUAGACCGAUGCAUGUGGAGUUCUUUGGAAACUGGGCUUGGACAAUUAUUACACACAUUUCUAUGCCUUUGGCAAUAUUUUAUCGGUUUCAUUCAACAAUUUGUUUGUUUGAGAUUUGGAAAACGGCAUAUAAGAUAAAACCACUUCAUAAAAAUCCGUUUUUAUUAUAGUUGAAAUGAUUCUUUCAUAUUAUUUAGUGUAUUGUAUGUUUGGAGGAAAAAAAGAGUUAAAUAUAAAAUGUGAUAGAAAACGUA